AUGUUCUUCAUCAAAGAACUUUCACACACGAUUCACCUCCAUCCCUCGUACUUCGGCCCGCGGAUGCUGCAGUUCCUCGAGUCGAAACUUUACUCGGACGUCGAAGGAACGUGUUCCGGCGAAUUUGGAUACAUCAUAGCUGUCGUAUCCAUUUUGGACAUCGGGAAGGGCAUGGUCAUGCCAGGGAGCGGACAAGCUGAAUUCGUAACGCGCUACCGCGCCAUCGUGUUCAAGCCGUUCAAGGGGCAAGUGGUAGAUGGAGUGGUAAACAACGUGAACAAGAUGGGCUUUUUCGCGGAUGUCGGACCCUUGACCGUCUUCGUGUCCCACCAACUCAUCCACCCUGAGUUGAAGUUCGACCCCAACUCAAACCCACCAUCAUUCGCGUCAGAAGACCAGGUUAUAGAGAAGAACACUAGGGUGCGUCUAAAAAUUGUCGGUACGCGCGUCGACGCUACGGAGAUUUUCGCCAUCGGCACAAUCAAGGAAGACCACCUUGGCGUUAUCGACUAA